GUGGCGGCGGCGACGGCGCGCGCGCUCAGCCCACCCCCCGCGCCCGCCGCCGCCCGGACAAUAAACAGCCGCGCGCGGGGCGAUGCCGGAGCCGGUGCCUACGCCCCCGCGCCACGCAGCCCGGGUCGCUUGGCCUUAGCCCACCGCCCUCCUCCCGCCUGCGCACCCACCGAGUUCGCCCCGGCUCAGCAUCGCCGACCCAAUCGGACCUCCGCGGGGAAAUGGAGGUCCUGGCCGGGGAGACCACGUUCCAGCAGGAGCGGCUGCAGGCCAUUGCAGAGAAACGGAAGAAGCAGGCAGAGAUCGAGACCAAGCGGCGGCAGCUGGAGGACGACCGGCGGCAGCUGCAGCAUCUGAAGUCCAAGGCGUUGCGGGAACGAUGGCUGCUGGAGGGGACUCCGUCCUCUGCCUCAGAGGGGGACAAAGACAUGAGGAGACAGAUGCAGGAGGAUGAGCAGAAGGCCCGGCACCUGGAGGAAUCCAUCUCCAGGCUGGAGCAGGAGAUUGAGGUGCUGGAGAACGCAGACGCACGCCCAGCCACCGCCAAGGAGAAGGUGGCAGCCCCCAGCCCGGCCAAGGAGACCCAGAAGGCAGAGGUGGUACUGAAUUCUCAGCAGACCCCAGUGGGCACCCCCAAAGCAGCGAAGUCAGUCUCCAACACCCCUGUGAGGACGGUGGAAGGCUCCACCAUGAUGAAGGCAGCCAUGUACUCGGUUGAGAUCACGGUGGAGAAGGACAAGGUGACCGGGGAGACCCGGGUGCUGUCCAGCACCACCUCGCUCCCUCGGGAGCCGCUCCUUCAGGGCGUCAAGGUCUACGAGGACGAGACCAAAGUGGUCCAUGCCGUGGACGGCACCGCGGUGAACGGGAUCCAGCCACUGAGCUCCUCCGAGGUGGACGAUCUCAUCCACAAGGCAGAUGAAGUCACGCUGAGUGAGGCAGGGCCCGUGGCUGCGGCAGCGGAGACCGGGGGGACGUCUGAGGAGGCCGUCCGGACCACCACACCCUCCAGGCGGGAGAUCACUGGAGUUCAGGCGCAGCCUGGCGAGGCCACGUCAGGCCCACCAGGCAUCCAGCCUGGCCAGGAUCCCCCGGUCACCAUGAUCUUCAUGGGGUACCAGAAUGUGGAGGAUGAGGCAGAAAGCCAGAAGGUGCUGGGGCUGCAGGACACCAUCACGGCGGAGCUGGUGGUCAUCGAGGACGAGGCUGAGCCCAAGGAGGCCGCCCCACCCAACGGCAGUGCAGCCGAGCCCCCUACCACUUCGGGCUCCAGGGAAGAGAACCAGGUGGGGCCUGAGGCCCCUGCCAGCGACGCCCAGGACCUUGACAUGAAGAAACAGCGUUGUAAAUGCUGCUCCAUCAUGUGAGCCGCAGGCCCCAGACCCCGGCCCCACCCUCCACACCACAGAGACCCGCAGCCCGGCCCCGGUGCCUGCCCACCCUCCACCCACAAUCACGGACCCCAGGACAUGCUAUGUUGUCACAUCUUCCUUCUGAGUUUUCUUUCACUGGAAAGAGAGGGACAGGGGUCCCGUACCCACUACCACCCUGACACGCCCUAAACCACUGAGCUGUGUGCCCGUGCCUGGUAGGGCAGAGACACGGACAGACCGACCCACUUUUCCCAAAACGAGGAUCCCCCACAUGUCACGGCAGCUCCACAGACGGGCUUUUGCCCACAGAGUUCCUGGCUGGUGGGACCCAGGCCUCUGUGCCGCCCCAGGCAAGCCCGCUACCCUGCGGGCCUCCUGCCUGUGCCUUUCCGCCACCUCCGGUGAGGUCUCCAAGGGGGCGUCCUGCAGAGAGGGACUGGAGAGCCGAGGGGCCCUGGGCGCCUUUUCUGUCCCCACUCAGCCCCUGGAGGUGGGGUUCCCCGGCAAAGGCACUGGUGUCGGGAUCCUGGGCCGUUGGGGUGAGGCUGUGCCUCAUUGGGGAGCCUCAGUCGGAGACCAGGCUCCAGUCCUUAGAAUAAAGCAGGGCCCCCCACCCUGGCACCCCAGCCCAAUGUGCCCUUCCCUUGAUGCUCUCCGUGGGCAGGACCAGUGCACGAUGGAGCCUAGGAAGGGGGAUCCCAGAGGACGCACACCCCACUUGGGGGGUCUUUGACCCCUGUGCUGUCUUCUGGAUGGGGCCGGUGAGGGUCUUUGAGGUGCACCCUGCACAAGGCAGGGUCACGUGAGCCACUUCUUGUCCUGAGCUCCCACCCUCACUGGGCCCUCCUUCCUCCUGGUGCUAAUUUGAGGACCCUAGGGGGCCGCCCCAGCCCAUUCUCCAGCCUACUUGGGCCAGAGUCCGGGGUCUCCCUAACCGUACCCCAGAGAUCAGGCCUACUGCCAGCCCUGCUAGGCUCGGCACAUUCUGGGCAGUGGAGGGGCCCACAGCCUGGGGCAGGAGCUUCCCCUGGGUUGCAGCAGGAGACCCCCACUGGCUACCCAGCCCAAUGUGAGCCUCCCCCACCUCGUUGGAAGGGGUGAGGGGUGAGGGCCUCUCCUCCUCUGGGUAGCUGACACCCAGGUGUGCACACACCUCUCCCAGGUUGCAGCCACACUCAUCCUCAGAGGCACAUUCAUGCCCACGCUUACGCACCCUCUCCUGUGUAGGCUGUAGGAUGACCAGGCCCCAUCUUGGGCCCCUCCCCUGGGCCCCCACUCCUGGUGCCCAGGCUGCGGCAGCCCCCUCACCACUGCCUCCGCGGAGCCAUGCAAGGGCUGCCUGAAACCAGCCCGGCCUGUCUCAGCUCUGCCCCUUGGUGGUGGGAGGAGAGGCCCUCUGAGGUGGCCCCCGGCAGUGGCAUGGACCCCCUCCCUCCUCAAGCCGCCAGGUCCUCGAGCUGAGAGCCUACGCUGAAGUGCCCUUGCUGCCCCCUCUGCUUUCGAUGUG